GAACCCCUUGCCUGGACUCCAGGUCAAAGCACCAGUUUCUUUCUGACCAAUGACCAGAGUCACGCCCAGAUGAAUGAAUUUUCCUGCAAGGAUGUUGCCAAUGCCUUGUCCCUGGCCAACAUGAUCCUGGGACUCUUCUCCAUCAUCUGCAGCUUCUGCAAGAGGUCCCAUUGUGCCUGCUGGAUGCUCCUUAUCAGCUUUCUGAUAGACAUGGCAAUUGGGGCAAUAACCAGACAUCUCACCAUCUGCUCCAAAUCAGGAGUUGAGCUGAAUGACUUCGCCGUCUUUACCACCUUUGGCCUGGCCUCAGCCCUGCUCCUAGGUGUGAAUGGACCUCUGAAUGGAUUCCUGGCCAUCAUCUAUAUCUUAGCAACUUCUUUUCGCCUGUGUUCUUAUUCUACUUGUAAAUGGAACUCAAACAUCCCCUUCAUGUACAAGGGCCUGCCCUGCCCCUAUGCGUCCUGUGUUCUGGCCUCCACCUCCCUUCUUACGAAAGGCAACCCUCUCAUUCUCUCCUGCAUGGCCUCACUCAUGGUUCUGUUCAUGAUAGACCAGAGUUACUACCCACAUGAUGGAAUCCUGGAAUCUGAGACCUGGAAAAAAAUAGUUUAUUUGGGAGGUGUCAUCAUGCUGUUUUUGUUUCCAUUCUCCAUAACUGCUUUUUACUGCCUGAUGUGGUCGCUCUCCUACAUCUUCUUUCCAGAUGCUCUGUGGGGCAAGGCAAUGUGUCUUAAGCUGCAGCAGGAAGGAAACUGAACCGCUCUAUCGGCACCCACUGGUCUCCCUGGUGUCUGCUCCAGCGUGUCGGGCCACGCCCUGCUGUACCCUCACUAAAGCUCUCUUUAUCCCUGUGCUGUGCACAUGUUCCGUACAUGAUCAGUCUCUUGCCUUGAACCAGAGCAAGUCCAAGCAGACCAGAGGCCUUCACUCCCUCCCCUUUAUUUGGGGCUCUGAGCUGCUAAGAGAAAAUAAUUGCUAUGUCAUAGAGUGCAGAAUUUCUCCAAGUUACAUUUGGGCCAGGUUUGAGUUCCAGCUCUGUCCCCACUGGUUAACCUCUUGGAAAGGAGUGGAACUUUGCAACACUGGCAGUACCUGCUCCUUGGGCCUGCUUGAUGGCGGUUCAUCUGGCGCCAGUGCUUACUGAAGCACUUGUUCAUAACUUGCAGACUGUGACUCUCCACAGCAGAACUAAUCAAAGGACAAUCACAGCACUCUGUUUGUGCAGAAACUUGAAACUUAACAGUUCUGUAGUUCGGCAGUCAAAGUUUAUGCCUUCUGCUUUUUUUAGAUACAUUGGCAGCUCAAGGACGUAGUUGGUUUCCAGGAUCUCAUUAUGUUUUUGUCCCUAAUGCUAAACUCUAGAUAUUCAAAUACAAAUCAAACAGAAAUGGCUUGUACAGUAUCCUCAGAUCGCACUUGACAGACCAUAAGCCCACUGGAAUGAUGGCCCCCAGCACUGCCUCUGGACUCUCCAGAGGUCUUAUACUAAAGAUGGUUGGCUAGCCAGCCCCUCCCCCAGCCAGGCCAGCAGGUCACCUUUCCUCUCAGGCCUGACUCCUUGAGGUCUCAGUCAAAAGGAUUACAUUUAAAUUUAGGUUUUAAAAAUGAAAAUCUGAGGAAGUCCAGUUACUAUGAUUUGGCUGUAAAGGACAGCUAGCAACUUGGCCCCUUUAUUUUGGACUCAUCGCUAUUAAAUCACUUAUAUGUACAUCUAAACAUGCUUAGAUAAGAAUGUCUGUGCCCCACUAGAUUUUAAACUCCUUUAUUUUCUGCUGCCUACCAUUCAAAGUACUUUGUAGAGGAAGUGAUUUCCUCAUGUCCUCUUGGAGUUAUAGUCAAGCUACCUAUAUAUGCGGUGAGAAUUCUGUAAAUAUACCUGGGGUCCUCAAUAAUGUACCCUCUUUUUAAUGAUGCUACCCUUCAUCAAAAUAUUUUGGGAACUCUACUUUGAGAACAUCUCCACACUCUUAAAGACCAGCACAUGGUCUGUGCUGGGACACAGCAGGUGCUUCAAAAAUACUGAAUUCUGAACUGACCAAAUUCAGAGAAAAAUUAAAACAAGCCAGCGAUGAGAACAUCAUUCACAGUGACCUGAAGCAGCAGGGGGCAUAGGGAAGGGUUAGGCAUCACCCAGCCACAGUAGGGAGAAUACUGGCAUCAUCAGUGGGGAGAGUAAGUGGGUGGUGAUCUGUCACGCUUUGUUCUAAGUGACCUGCCUCAUCUCCAUACACACUCCACUUUCUAACAUCCGUCUCCCUACUCCCAAGGAAUAUAUGGAAAUGAAAGAUCCUGAAAGAGUAAUUUCUACUGCUGGAGCUGAGGUAUGAACCACCACUCCUGACAGAAAUGUCUGUAGCAGAAGUAACUUGACAUUUCUACACUUACAGAAGGCAGGUAGGCGGGUGGGUUCUUGAGGAGCCAAUCUAAGCCAAUAGCUGUAUGUCUAAAGCAAAAAGUUAGGAUCGCUAUGCUCUGCAGAGCUUUAGCUCCGGGAAGAAUGAAGAAUUGGAGCGGUCAAAUUCUUUAUCUUCUCUCCUGUCCUUUCCUUUCCCCACCUGGAGGAGAAACGGCUCCCUGUCCUUACUGCCUUUCUUACC